AUACGUAGUACAGACAAAUUAACAUAUAUCCACAACUAUAUUCUUGUGAUUGAUAACAAAUAAGUGCCAAGUAGCAGUUGGGAACUUUUAUUAACAAACAGAAAUUACACAUUUGCAAAAACUGCCACUAUACAGCGAAAGUACUUCACUGUAUACUGAGCAUUAUCCAAGCGGAGACUUUCUCCUCCUCGAUGACGUCGUGUGUUCUUGGCCGAGUUACAGGAAAUGCGAAAAACAACUAAAUUUGCUGAAAAAAAAAACAAGAAGCCACCAAAAAACAAACGACGAAAAGGUGUUGGCGAGCCCUGGCUUUCUACGGAGUUGCCGCUGCGUACGAUGAUGAGAUUUGUGAGCUCUGUGAGAAAAGAAAAUCUUGUGUACUCCAAUGCAGUCUACAACGGUCUACAAGAACAUAUUUCAGUCCAAGUCAACCAGUUGAAGGGGUGGAGCACAAAUCUCCUCAAUGUUCAUGUGAUGCAGGGACUCCUUGACAUAGAGACCUCAUGUGGUUGUGCACACCUAUGCAACCUGUCACACUCCUUUCACUGAGGGCUGCCAGCUUGGCGCAAUGGAGAAACAGUGAUUCACCAAACAUCUGAAUUUAACUAUCCACCUGUGCUACAAGGCCAAAGGGCAGCAAAACAAUACAAUAAUGGAGGAGUCAUCUGCCAGUGAACCACUCACUUUAGGCUUUGUGCUGGCUGACUAUGCUGUCUUUGCCACCAUGCUGCUUGUCUCUAUGGCCAUCGGACUCUUUCAAGCCCUGAAGAAGAGUUCGAGGCAGGCAAACGCUGACGAGUUCUUCACUGGUGGCCGGAGCUUGCAAGCAGUGCCUGUUGGGCUGUCGCUCUGUGCCAGUUUCAUGUCAGCCGUCCAGGUUCUGGGUGUCCCAGCUGAGGCUUCUCGCUAUGGCUUUAAAUUCCUCUACAUGUGCCUCGGACAAACCAUCAACUCCCUGCUGACAGCUUACUUCUUCCUGCCUGUGUUCUUUCGCCUGGGCAUCACCAGCACCAAUCAGUAUCUGAAGCUAAGAUUCGGCCGAGGCCUGCAGGUGUUGGGGAGUGUCCAGUUUCUUGUGGCAACGCUGCUUUACACAGGGAUUGUUAUCUAUGCACCUGCCUUGAUACUGAACCAGGCGACUGGACUCAACAUAUGGGCGUCUUUGUUUUCUACUGGAGCCAUUUGCACCCUGUACACCACAAUGGGUGGCGUGAAAGCUGUAAUCUGGACAGACGUCUUCCAGAUCGUUGUGAUGUUGUCCGGCUUUGUGGCUGUUUUAAUCCAUGGCACACUUCUGGUUGGUGGUCCUGCAGUGGUGCUUGAAACUGCAAGGAAUGGAUCACGCAUUAAUUUUAAUGAUUUUGACCUGAACCCACAGCGACGCUAUACCUUCUGGAGCCUCUCUGUUGGGGGUGCAUUGGUGUGGUUGUCCAUGUACGGUGUAAACCAGGCUCAAGUGCAGCGCUACAUCUCCUGCAGGACAGAGAGAGAAGCUCAGUGGGCGCUGUUUGUGAACCAAGUGGGCCUAUGCCUCAUUGUGACCACUGCAGCGACCUGUGGCAUCGUCAUGUUUGCAUAUUACGUCCACUGCGAUCCCCUGAAAUCUGGGAAAAUAUCUGCUCCUGAUCUGUACAUGCCAUACUUUGUGUUGGACAUAUUCAAGAAUCACCCAGGCUUUCCAGGUCUUUUCCUUGCCUGUGCAUACAGCGGGACUUUGAGCACGGUCUCUACAAGUAUCAACGCCAUGGCAGCAGUAACGAUGGAGGAUCUGCUGCGACCUCAUCUUGUCCACCUGUCCCAGAAGAAACUGAUUCUUCUCUCCAGGGGACUGUCUCUCGUGUAUGGAGUCUGUUGUAUCACUGUGGCUGUCCUCUCCUCGCUGCUGGAAUGGGGAGUACUGCAGGGAUCAUUUAUUGUCAUGAGUGUGGUCAGCGGUCCUUUACUUGGAGUAUUUAUUUUGGGAAUGUUUGUUCCGGCAGCAAACAGGCUGGGAGCAUUCUCAGGAAUAAUAUCAGGCUUCUGUGUCUCUCUGUGGUUGGGUGUUGGUUCAUCACUCUACCCACCCAGUGAAGAGACUAUGGGCGUCUUACCCAGCUAUGCAGGCCAGUGUCAAUCUGACAAUGUGACCCUGAACAGCCCUCACCAAGACGAGCACUCCCUAUCCACACCCCUUCACCUUCCUGAUCAGGGCCUGCAUAGCUUUUACUCCAUAUCCUACCUCUACUUUGGUGCUAUGGCAACCAGUACUGUCAUACUUGUGGGGCUGAUAGUGAGUUAUGCAACAGGACCAACAAAGAGGGAUCAGAUUAAAGAGGGUUUACUGUGGUGGGACCUGAAUAAAAAGCAAGUGGACGUCCCUUCAGAGCGCAGAAUUGGAACGAUGUCCAGAAUGUUUCCCUGUCUUCUCCACAAUGCAUGCUGGGAUACGCUGCAGCCACCAGUAAGCCUGGAUAUGAUGGGGACAGACGAGCCUCAGCUUGUGCCUUUGAGGAACCUGGAAAAGGUGAUGGGAUGAAAUUUUGCUGCUGAAAGUCCUCAAUAAGUGAACUAAAUGUUAUUCCAAUACCACGUACAGUAUGGUGGUUGUGUUUAAACAUGUAUUUCUCUGAUAAACACUCAAAUAUCUUUCAGUUUUUAAGGUUACACGUGUAGGAGCCAUUUAUGAUGUUUUCUUUAGGCUCUUUCCUUUAGGCUCUUGCAUCUUUAAUUGUUGUAUGUUCCAUGUCUGUACAAGACACACCUGCACUUCAGCUACAGCUGUAGUCUUCAUGUAACAACAGGUUCGGAUCUCUCUGUGUUUAUAUUAGUUAUUCAUUAAAAAGCUGUGACCUCAA